AUGAAUAUUACACAAUUGUUAUACAUCUCGUGUGUGGUUAUCACAUCGCUGGGUGUGAUCGAUGUGAGCGAAGCCAUUGGCUAUACAAUACGCUUCGAGACGAAGAAGUCGCGCUGCCUGAAUCCUCCGCGCACCGCUAGGAAAGUGGAGUCUGUCAUCACAGACUGCCAGGAUGAGGUCAAAACGAAGCUGGUGAACGAGGCCUAUGAAAUACUCAAAGAGCAGGUGUCACACGAUCAGCCACCCAUCGAUCCGCACGAUGAUGCCAUCGAUUUCAUUUGGCCCUCUGCGCCCAGCGAUUCCUCGGGCAUGGAAGUGGAGCAUCCACAUGAGCCACUGAAUGCCAGCCACUACGAAUAUAUUUUAAUCGAUGAGCCCGAACCGCGUCGCCGCAUGGCGCGUCUCAUGCAGAACAUACGACGCCUGGAUGUGGCCAGUUCGGGCAUUUAUCAUCCGACGCUGGUGCCGCUGGAGGACAAGCGUAUAGCGGGGUGUCUGCUGCACUGCGUCUAUGCGAAGAAUCAUGCCAUCGAUCAUAUGGGCUGGCCCACACUGGACGGACUGGUGCAAUUCUACUCGGAGGGCGUGCACGAGCACGGGUUCUUUAUGGCCACACUGCGCUCCGUGAAUCUCUGCCUGCGGGCCAUGACCGCCAAGUACCAUGUCAAUCGCAAGGCGCUGCCGCAGAAAGGUGAAAGCUGCGAUUUGGCAUUCGAUGUCUUUGACUGCAUAUCGGACCAAAUUACAGGCUAUUGCCUGGAUCAGUAUAGCCGGUAUUAG